AUGCAAAUCACAGAAAAACAACACAGCAGGGCAAUCGUGGUUAAAUCACAAGAGGAAAACACAUUGGUGACACAAAGUUUUGUUCAAGACGUGCCAAAUCUGGUAAUUUCGGGCAGAGAUACAUAUGUAGAGGGUGAGGAAGAUGAUAUUUUAAACAAAUGCAUGGCAGAGGCAGCAAGAAAAGAACCCACUGCAGAAGAUUCUGAUGAAGUGAAAGCAACAAGGAAGAAACGGGAAGAUGAUGAACUGCUGUGUCGGAGACAUAUUCUGAAUACAUUAACAGAUCGUCUCUAUGAUCUGUAUCAAAAUUUGAAGUCUCCAAGGGUAAUUUGGACGGCAUUGCAAAGUGCUUAUGAAAACGAGAAACGAGGUAUUGAUAAUUUUAUAUCUUUAAAGUACUUCGAAUUUAAAAUGGUUGAUACAAAGCCCAUCAUGGAUCAGAUUCAUGAACCGCAAAUCUUAGUUUCAAAACUAACUGAUCUUGAAGUUAAAAUUCUUGAUGCACUUCAAAUCGGUGCUAUACUUUCUAAACUCCCUUCUUCCUGGAAUGACUAUAGAAAGAAGAUCCUGCAUUCUUCUGAGAAAUUGACUGUGGAACAGUUUCGAACUCGCAUUCAAAUUGAAAGUGAGAAUCGAAUUCGUGAUACUUUUAUGCAACCUUUGAGUAUGUUUAAGAAAGCAGGAAUUAACUUUAACCAAGGAAAUUCUGGAAACUCAGGAAGGUCUGAAAAAGCAAAAGCAAAAAUGGUUGAAAGUUCUUCACAAGGCUUGGUUGCAAUGGUUUCUGUAGUACCAUGUAAUAUGGUUACAGAAUUAAACAUGGUUGCUGCUGCUGUUAAGAGUCAAGACUGGUGUUUGGAUUUGGGUGCCACCGUUCAUGUAUGUUAUGAGAAGAAUAUGUUCAAGACUUAUGCAGAAGUGAAGGAACCAGAGAAGGUUCUCAUGGGAAAUCAUAUGACUGCAGAUGUUGCAGGAAAAGGAAGUGUUGAGAUCAAUUCACUUCUGGGCAGAAGCUAA